CCCCCGCUACCCUGCUACUAAACAAUGAAUGAAUUUCUCUUCCUCUUUCAACACUUUCACCUUCAUAUCAUCACUCCACCCAAUCUAAAUUCUUCCUAAUUUAUUCUUGGAAUAGUUGUCAGUAAGUGAUACCCUACAAAUUUCUCCCUUAUUUCAUCAAUACUAUCUUCUUUUUGUACUCUGGUUUUAAGAAGCGCAAAAAAGUGAAACCUUAUGAACUCGUAGAUAGUAAGCACAAAAGUGUGCUUCAAGGGGCUAUUAAAACCCCUUGUAUUCCAAAUUAAAGUAGUCAUCUAUGAGGAGCAGCCACCUUAGUGGCUCCCUUACUUCUAAGACCCUCAUGUCCACCUGGUUUCUUCGGAGGUGCCUGCAACUUUAUGUAUCUACCACAAAGUAAAUCAAAUGCGUUGGAGUGCAAAACUGGUGUAGACUUUCUGGGAACAGACUUAGGUUUAGCAUCGUUAUUGACUUUGUUUAACUCCUCUUGGGAAGGAAGCACACUCUAGGUGAUAGGAGGAAUGGAAUCUAUUAUCACUUCUUUACCCUUCACAGAUGCUCCAUCCCAAACUAUUAGAACAAAAUCCCCCUCAUUCUCAAGAGUGACAGGAUCUUGCAAUGGAGUAACUUGUGUUUUCUUUAGUCGCCAUACCCUCUUAGUUGGAACUCCUAGAAGAGGCAUCGAACAAUCAUGACCAAAGACACCACAUGCAACACAACAACGAGGUAAUCCACAAUAUUUAACCCCAAUAAACAUUUCUUCCAUAUCAUCACGGGUAAUACUAAUCUUGUUUACCGAAGGUUUUUUGGAACUGACCUCCACACAGACCUUUACUGCCCCUAUCUUCUUUCUCUGGGAAACUGAAUGAUGCAUACACAUAGGCUUACCAAUUGAACUCGCAAUUCUCCCCAUUCCCUCCUGUAAGGCUAGCUCAGCAGGAAUACCUGAUAACUUGACCCACACUGGAAUAGCAGAAUUGUUUAUCUCCAUCGUCCUAAUUCCAGGAACCCAGCGACGCAAACAUAUAAUUUUCUCCCUGUAAUGCCAUGGACCUCACUCGAAUACCCAGCGAAAAGUCACCUCCGAUGGAAACUGGAAGAGAACCAGUCUGUGUUCAACCAUAGAAACCUUCACUUCACCAUCUCUACCCCAGAUCCAGUUAGCCCAGAAACGUACCGCAGAGAUUGAAGACGGAUGCACAAGAAAUUGCCCAAGAAAGCUGUGGUUCCAAUGCUUUUCCCCAUCAUCAAUCACCGACUUAGGUAUUCUAAGCGAUCCAUUGACAAAUUUUGGCUCAUAAUAGUCCAAGCGAUUCUCCUCAGCAACAUGAAACAAGGAAGCCUAGGACCGGCCGUCACUAUCGGCGCCUUGGGAGGCUCCAUCGGCGAUGGCAGCCAUCGAUCAGAUCUUACGAGCGCUCAGAGAUCAGAGAAGAGAGAGAGAGAACCUUGUCUUGUCUUGUCUUGUCUUGUCUAGAUUUUGCAUAUGGAUAUAAAUUAGGAUUAUUGAUUGACAAUGACUUUGAAUAAUUUUUCAUGAACCAUGAUUCAUAUAUUUUUUGUUAAACAAAAAGUUUAUACUUUAAUUAAAUUAAGCUUGUAAUUUAUUAUAUAUAUAAUUCAUGUCUUUUUUUGUUACUCAAUUUUGCUUCCCAUUGCAUUGCCACCCAACUUCUUCAUUCCCGCUCCAAAAGGCCGCCCAAUUUUCGUUUUGAUUGAUCUAUAUUGCUGCCCAAUUUUUGUUUGGAUUAAUCUAAAUUGCUGCCGAAAAAUAUUGAGAUAAGUGAAAGUGUUUUUCUUCUUUGUUUUUAAAGUGGUGUUUUAUUUGGUUUGCUAAUAGUGUCUAUUGGUUGCAAAUGUUGAUAUCGACAUUACUACUAUCUAGUGCACCUUACCAAUUAUGAUUAAUUACAUGACAAGUUUGCAAAUCAUACAAUUUGAUUCAACAUUUUGACUAGUUUUUUUUUAAAUUAAGUAUAUAUAUGAGGUAGAAAUAAGUUGGUUAAAAAUUGUGAAAAUAUUUUAAAUUAGUAUAGUAAAAUGUGAAAGUUGGUAGCAAGUAAGGAGUAAGUAACUCGAUGCGCUGUCCCGAACAACCCAUAACCCGAUCCGCCUGCAACCCACCCGACCAGAAACUCGAUGAACCCGUAACCCGAUUUGCUGCAACCCGAUUGAACCCGAACCUGAUAAACCCGCAACGCGAUUGAACCCGGACCCGAUUAAAACUAAACCGAUGAACCCCAACUCGAUGAAUUCAAAACCCGACUAACCCGCAACCCGAUUGAACCCGCGCCAAACACGCCCCGAUUGACACCUAUACUGGCCAUACAUAAUUCCCUCCCCACUCUAAAUUAAAUUCCCCACCUACUUGUUGUUGCUGAUUCUUCGUAUACGCAUGAUUAUCUUUAUUAUUAUUUUAUGUUAUCAAGCCACAAUCUACAUGGGUUUUACUUUUCUCUUAACAGAGGAGAAGCCUUUUCCUCUUUUCCCAUCCCCCCGCCUUCCCAAAUCAAAGUUGACAUUCUCCAUCAUAUAUUGCUUCUGCCUGCACCAAUAUCCUUCCAAUCCUUUGAUGUUUGUUUCCUCUUGUUUGUUGAUGUUGAUCUCUUGCUCCAUAAGGUAGCGAGUAAGCUUUUGUGCCUAUAGCCUAACUCUUGUUUUUCUUUCUUCCGUUGGGGUUUGAUUUCAUCUGCGAGGGUGUGCUAUUUGGCAGCCUACUGCUGUUGUUUUAUCUUAAGGAGUUGAGGUGCUUUUGCCUCUUGGAAAGCUAACCUAUUUUCAUGUUGAAUUUCUCAGAUGGUUGAAGAGUGAAGACAGGGCGGGGAGGGUAAAAUCUUUUCCGUGUGGGGCGGAGUUUGGAGCAAAAAUAGGUGAUCCGUUACAGAUCACGGGGUAGAGCGGGUAAUGAAUCAAAGAGCGGGACACGGCAUGGGAUUAGUAGUAUCCGCCCAAAUCUGACCCGUUGCUAUUUCUAUCAGUGCUAAUGUCUCAAAUAGUGAAGCUUAGGAGAUAAUCACUAGAGACCAGACUAGGAGUCUCGAAAAGUGGUCAGGAUUAUUGACUUGUCCCGAAUACCACAAUUAAUUCCCACCUAAGGUCUAAGUAUAAAUUUUAGUCGAGUGCAGUACAGGGCAAGUAUGUUUAAAUAUCGACUCGGGCCGGUCUGUAUACCCCUACUUCAGUCAUUUGAAUCAUAUCUAGCGACUCGGUUUUGGUUGAAAAGUUUGUUAAUUAAAGUAAAGCAAGGUAAAAGUAAAUGACUUUGAAAGCUCUUUUAUGAGAAGGAUCACUCGAGUGUCGCUUCCCCCUAACUACUACCAUGGUAUGUGAAUCGAAACGAUUGCUAUGGGCAAGGUGACCACGAACCGCUAGGGGACACAAAUAUGGUCGUAGAGCACACUCUCGAUUGCUAAACUGAGGGAUGCAUUAUAGGUUGUCACUCGGCCCUCUCGGUUUAGGCAAUCGAUGAUUGACUUACUCCCUCACUCAACCCAAUGGUUGUUCGGCUUAAUCGCGCUUAACCAAAUUGCUUAAUCCAACAUCGAGAUUUGCCCUAAAUUAACCUAGAUAGGUGACUUAAAAAGCCAUAAGAAUUCCAAUUCAAUUGAGCCUCCCUUGAAAGGGGGUUUCCCUCUUUAGUCUAGGUUAAAUUGGCCAAUUAGAUUGUUAAGCACAAACAUGCACAAUCAACAUGGAUAAUACCUAAAUCAUUGAAUUAAACAACACUCAUACACAAUCAUUCAAUUCAUAUAACAAAAACUACAUGGUAGAUAGUUAGGGUUUCACAACACCCAAGUGAAAAAGAAAUCUACUCCAUGUUAUAAAUGGGAGAAACACAAGGGGAAGAGGUAGAAACCAUCAUGGGGAGGCUUCCAAUCUUCUUUGCACUUGUGUUGAACUUCUAUUGGGGAGAAUCUUCCCAAAUCCACUCUUGGAGCAAAACCCAAGCCUCCUUCUCAUUUGGUUCGUCUUUCUCUCUCUAAAAUCUGAAGAAGAAGACUUUCUCACUCUUUUUGGGCUCUCCUCUAUCUUCCUUUCAGCUCUUCUUUUAAACAGGGAUCGUGGUCAGUUCACGGUCUCAGUUCAUGGCCGUAAACUCUGAAAUGCGUCCGUGAACUCAAGAUGGGCGUUGAAAUGCACCGCUUCGCUUGCAGUGGUUCACAGGCAACGACUCCAGUUCACGGUCUUAGUGACCGUGAACUAUAUUAGCGUCAAUAACUUGAGAUUUGGCCCUAGAAGCCUUGUUGUUCACGUGCAACCUGAAUCAUGAUAAAACACAAGAAACCUCGCUUAAAACCACCCUUUUACGAGCACACUUGCCACAAACGCCUAAAGAAAAUGGGGGUAAAAUAUGUACAAUUAGGCCCGAAUCAAUUAUCGCUAUCUCAGUAUACCCGUUUGAUUAUCCCGCUCUAAACAUGAAACAUUUCGAUAUAUAGAAGAUGACUUGUUGCAUUGUAUACAAAAUUAAAAAUCACAAUCAAUGUCACUAGUAGCUAAGGAAAAGUUCUUAAAUCAGUGGCUUUUGCUUCCCCUAACCACGCCAUGUUGACUCGUUCCUAACUACACAAUUAAAAUCUCGACUAGAGCCAAUCUCCUUAAAUCGUGAUGCUAAAUCGAUGCUUGAGGCUUGUCCCUACUUGUCCUAGAAGUGGUUACCCAAUUUGCCCAAGUGGUGGGCUUCUUGGUUAAUUUGACCCAAAGACGAGAUAUGGAAACCAAAACUCAAGAAUCAUGAAAAUAACUCAAGCAUUAUAUUAAAACACACAUCCAACACACUUAGAAUUCAAAUACUAAAAUCUAUCACAUAUCUAGGCAAGGGUUCAUGAUCACCCGUAACUAACAUAGGAAAAAUAGGCAAGGGUACCUAUCGUUCUAAGGUACUACAGCAGGAAGUAAGGUCGUAUCACAAAGACUAUGUGCACUAGUACUCAGCCUUUUACCAUUAUCUAGUCAAUUGUUUUACUGAUUUUGUUUCGAUAUAAGAGCACAUGUGGUAACACCUAAAUCAAUGUUAUUUACACUUCAUAUUAAGGUUUGUUUCGUGCCAAUUCAUAUGCAUAAUUGUUUGAACAACGUCAAUUGCAUCUCUAUUUCGUUCCUAUUUGAUUUUGAUGUGAUUUUAGGGUGCUUUACUGCUUUAGACAAUACAUGCGAAUUAGUUACAAAAUAAGGUCGCAAGUGUAGCAAUGAGGCAGGAGACUAAAGAUUGCAGCCUGGAGGAGAUCACGGCCGAGACACAUGGCUGCGAAGCCAAGCAGAAGAUAGCGGCUUGGAAGCCCAAGAUCACAACCGCGAAUUGGAGGGAUCAGAGGGCGAACUUCGUGAAGAAGCAACCGAGGAGAAACAAAGAGUUUCCCCAAGCAUUACACGAACGAAGCACAAAACUGACUGCGAGGAAGUUUGCGGCCGCAGCUCAUGGAUCGUGACCGUGAAGUCGACCCUCGAACUCCUCGCCCCCAAAGUCCGAAACGGCAGCACCUUGAGAUCGCGGCCUUCGUCAAGAAGAUCGCACCCAUGAUCUCUACCCUUCCUACCCAUGAACUUCUCUGUCCUCUGAUGCCUAUAAAUAGAAGACCCCUUCCCCCAUUCACGGGAGCUGAUUUUGAAGAUAAGAGUUGUUGUUUUAGAGAGAGAGAGAGAGAGAGAGAGAGAAGAGAGAGAAGCUGAAGCAAGGAGAAGAGGAGAAGAAGGAGAAGGAGCUAGAAGAAAGGAGCCACCUUCCUCGACAUCAAGUCUUCUUCCACCUCUUCUAUUUAUCUUCUUCCCUCCUUUAUGAAGUAGUCCUCUAAUGUACUAGAGGUUCUAAACCCCCAACCCUAGUUUUAGGGUUACUACAUAUGUAUGGAUAUUUUAGGGUUUUAAUGAAUGGAUGUGCUUAUC